AGGCCUUUAAAGGAACGAGUGACCUCCGUUUUAGAGUCAUCCUUAAAUUUUGAGCAGUUUUGAACAGGUCCAGGGCCUGCUGGCGUCCUGGAGGCUGGGCCUCUCCGCCCGGCCCGGCUGCCGCGCCCCCUGGUGGCGGUGGCGAGGACGGCCGAGCGCGCGCCUGAAGGUCAGGUCUACCCCCCUGAACCCCGGAGCCCCAUCGUCCCGAAAAAUGCUUUCUAAUCGCUUUCGGAGCCGCUGUCUUUAACAAGAAAGCUCUCGGUGUUUGGCUCUCUGCCUCUUCGCCUUGGUUCCCGACUUGGAGCGCAGAAUUUUAGCACUGCAGGGGCUUGGCGCCGCGGAUGGUGUCGGAUGGUGUCCCCGGAUGGUGUCCCCGAGGCGGGGCAAAGCUCAGCCUGUGCAGUGUGGGGUGGUUUCCGCACCCUACUCCCUCGGCUCCCUCGCCUCCCCGUUUGGGGUGUUUGAGAAGUUUUGAACUUCCGGGGUUGGCUCGCCCAGGAUUGCGGUGGGGUGGGCGGCCGAGGGGCGUCGCUGUGCUCAGGGCUUGGGCGCGGCCCUUUAAACUUUUGUUUUUUUAAACUUGCGGGGGUGUGGUUGUGCGUCGGUCCUCUCUCCGCUGGUUGCUCCCUGGCCACCCGGUCCUUCCCCCGCCCCUCCUUCCAGAUGCUGUGGAGUCAUGAGCCGGGAGGGCGCAGGGACCCCUCUGGUGGCCGAAGUGAUUAAAGAUCGCCUUUGUUUUGCCAUUCUCUACAGCAGACCAAAGAGUUCAUCAAAUAUACAUUAUUUCUGCAUAGAUAAUGAACUUGAAUAUGAAAACUUCUAUGCAGAUUUUGGACCACUCAAUCUAGCAAUGGUUUACAGAUACUGCUGCAAGAUAAAUAAGAAAUUAAAGUCCAUUACAAUGCUAAGAAAGAAAAUUAUUCAUUUUACUGGCCCCGAUCAGAGAAAACAGGCAAAUGCUGCUUUCCUUAUUGGAUGUUAUAUGGUUAUAUAUUUGGGGAAAACUCCAGAAGAAGCAUAUAGAAUAUUAAUGUUUGGAGAUACGUCCUAUAUUCCUUUCAGAGAUGCUGCCUAUGGGAGUUGCAAUUUCUACAUUACGCUUCUCGACUGUUUUUAUGCAGUAAAGAAGGCAAUGCAGUAUGACUUCUUUAAUUUCAACUCAUUUAACCUUGAUGAAUAUGAAUACUAUGAAAAAGCAGAAAAUGGAGAUUUAAAUUGGAUCAUACCAGACCGAUUUCUUGCCUUCUGUGGACCUCAUUCAAGAACCAGACUUGAAAGUGGUUACCACCAACAUUCUCCUGAGGCUUAUAUUCCAUAUUUUAAGAAUCACAACGUUACUACCAUUAUUCGACUGAAUAAAAGGAUGUAUGAUGCCAAACGCUUUACAAAUGCUGGUUUCGACCACUAUGAUCUUUUCUUUGCGGAUGGCAGCACCCCGACCGAUGCCAUAGUCAAAGAAUUUCUGGAUAUUUGUGAAAAUGCCGAGGGUGCCAUUGCUGUGCACUGUAAAGCUGGCCUUGGACGAACAGGCACUUUGAUAGCCUGCUACAUCAUGAAGCAUUACAGGAUGACAGCAACUGAGACCAUUGCUUGGGUCAGAAUCUGCAGACCUGGCUCAGUUAUUGGGCCUCAGCAACAAUUUUUGAUGAUGAAACAGGCAAGCCUCUGGAUGGAAGGUGACUAUUUUCGUCAAAAGUUAAGGGGUCAGGAGAAUGGAAAACACAGAGCAGCUGUCUCAAAACUCCUCUUGGCUGUUGAUGACAUUUCAAUCAAUGGGGUCGAGAAUCAAGACAAGCAGGAACCUGAACUGUACAGUGAUGAUGACGAAAUCAACGGAGUGACACAAGGUGAUAGACUUCGGGCUCUGAAAAGCAGAAGACAAUCCAAGCCAAACGCUAUUCCCCUCACAUGUUCCCUAGCUGUGCUGACCUCUGCCCUGUGUAGUGUUGUCAUCUGGUGGAUUGUGUGUGACUACAUUCUCCCCAUCCUGCUGUUCUGUCUCGAUGGUUUAAGAACACAGUAGCAUCAGGAUCCUUUGACAGGUAGCUGCUGUUCCAUCCAUUUCAAGGACUAAAACAGUCUUGCGUUAAGUAAAAAACCUGUGACCAGAACUGAAAGAAGACUCUAGGAACCAGAAAACUACAACAGGACUUAAGCACAAUUUAUUUGGAAAACCAAACAAAAUUUCAAAAGCCUUAGCUGCUUUCCACCUAAGACGAUUAUUCCAUGAAGCAAAUGUCCACUGGAAUUCGCAUAACUGCAUGAGUUUGGGUACAAGCGAAUGACUGGAGGAGGGCCCACCUCUUCUUUUUGUAGAAACGUCUGGAGUUUCACACCAGAAAGGCUGUUGUCUGUGCGUCUCAGGUGUAAAUAUCCAAGCCCUCUGUUAUCAGGAGAGCUGACUAGUCUCUGUGGUGCAUGUGUGUCCUUGUGAUGGCAAUCAUUUUAGCUGCUGGCCUUCAGAAGAACUGAAGAUCUGAUGGAGGUUUUUUUACUUAUUUAUUUGCUCUUCAUCCUGUGUCCAAAUUUAUACAGCUACAGCAAGCAUUACCGAAACGGUACACUCUGUAAUUUGGUACUAUUUGGUUUCGUCCCCUUCCCGUCCAUAUUUGUAAUAACUGUUACGGUUAACUCUAAGUACCCAAGCUGCUUGUCUUCCACCAAAGAGUGCUUUAUUAACGAGAAUCUGUGAACACCACAUUUAGAGACUGUUGCAUGUUGCCUGAUACAAAGUAGUAUUUUGGUAACCUAAAACUUUGGCAAGCGAAUGUUCACAGUAGCUUUAGAAGACUCAGGAGGAGAAACUGGCUUCCGAGUUGGAAGAUUGUUGUUCUGUCGUUCCUUUUGAUGUCAUUUCGAGACCGAAGAAUGCCAAGGCUGCCCACUCUUUGGUUGUCCAGUCAUACAAAUUAAAAUCACAUUUGCUUCCAUGCAGGGAAACAACCCCACGCUGUUGGCCUUCCUCCUGGAAACAGUGAUCCCAAAUAAUGGUGACUUUUUAAAACCAGUGACUUUGUUAGGGUCCCUCUCCUCUGUAGCACUGUGGAUUUUUUUUUUUUGUGGUGUGACCGAGGCCCUUCACAUGCCCUUUGAUUUCAGUGACAGUUAUUUGCAUCUGGAUUUCAGUUGUUUGUAAUUAAACUCACUGUUGCCUUGGGUUAGGGAA